AUGGAAACUAAUUACAACUUAAAUUCUGACCAAGCUAUUAAUGCGACAAAUGUGUGGGAGUUAUUAGAGAAAAAAAGCCUUAAACACCAAAUCCUUGUCGGGAAUGUUGGUUCUCUCUACCUAGGAUUUUCAACAUUAAUCCAAAAGAAAAUGAUCAGGUUUUUCUUUUUAUUUUCGCUGUUGAUCCAUGCAACUUUAGCGAAGAAAGCAGCACCAGCAGAUCCUUCAGAGAAAUGGCUCACCUUAAGCGGUAACAUGAUGUUGAUUUCUUUCUUCUUUUCUUAUUUAACACAGUUAGAAAUUAGAAUCACUGUCAUAAAGAAAAUUUACAAUCCAUGUAAACCGCCCCUUGUUAUAUCUCGUGGUGGAUUCUCGGGGAUCGCUCCUGAAUCAAGCGAAUUUGCAAACUCUAUGGCUAUUAGCACAACCGCAAAUUUUGGAAGUCCUGCUAUUUUCUGCAAUCUUCAAUUAACAAAAGAUGGCAUGGGAAUAUGCCAGACAGAAAUCAGGCUUGAUAAUUCAACAACCAUAGCACAAGUAUAUCCAAAGGGACAGAAAAUCUACAAGGUCAAUGGGGAGGAUGUCCGCGGAUGGUUUGCUUUGGAUUACUUAAUUGAAGAGCUCUACAGCAAUGUCACAUGUGUGCAAAAUAUAAUGUCUCGACCAGAUGUGUUUGACGGCCAGCUGCCAAUAUCUAGUGUCGAUGAUGUAGCAGGAACUAAGCCCCCACAGCUUUGGCUGAAUGUUCAGUAUGACAGAUUCUAUACCGAGCACAAACUCAGUGUAGCAACUUUCAUUCAGGAAACAACAAGACUUACGCAUGUGAACUACAUUUCAUCACCUGAGAUUGGUUUCUUGAAGUCGAUGAACGGAAAGGUGAACAAAGCUAGGACAAAACUCAUCUUUACCGUCCUAGGCCCAGAUGCAGUUGAACCCACAACCAACCAGAAAUACGGUGCAAUCAUAAAGGAUCUUGCCACAGUCAAGUCAUUCGCAAGUGGCAUUCUUGUUCCAAAAGGAUACAUAUGGCCUGUUAAUAAACAAAACUAUUUAGAGGCAGCUCCAACUACUCUUGUGACUGAUGCCCACAAACAAGGCCUGGAAGUUUAUGCUUCGGGAUUUGCAAAUGACAUGCCAGGAAGUUACAACUAUAGCUAUGAUCCAUCAGCUGAGUACCUGCAAUUUAUUGCCAAUUCCCAGUUUUCCGUUGAUGGGGUGCUCACCGAUUUCCCUCCUACAGCAGCACAAGUCAUUGCUUGCUUUGCUCAAGUGGGGAAUGGAACCAAGCCUAGGAAAGGACAACCUUAUUUGAUCAUCACACACAAUGGAGCAAGUGGGGUUUAUCCUGGCGGCACUGAUCUUGCUUACCAGCAAGCAAUAAAUGAUGGGGCUGACAUUAUUGAUUGCUCUGUUCAACUGUCAAAGGAUGGAGUUGCCUUCUGCAUGAAUACUCCAGACCUUGCAGGAGAUACUACUGCAAUGGCUUCUUUUAUGUCUCGAGCAACUACUAUCCCUGAAAUUCAAGCAAAGAGUGGAGUUUUUUCGUUUGAUCUUGAAUGGGCCGAGAUUCAAACCCUAAAGCCUCAAAUGGCUAGUCCUUUCGAAAACACUCAAAGUCUUGUAAGGAACCCAGCAGCAAAAAACGCAGGUAAAUUUGUUAGGCUUGCUGACUUCCUGGACUUGGCCAAGACAAAGGCAGUAUCUGGAAUCAUGAUCAACAUUCAGAAUGCUGCUUACUUAGCAUCCCACAAGGGUCUUGACAUCAUAGCUGUUGUGACCUCUGCCUUGAGCAACACCACAUUUGAUAAGCAAUCCACUCAACAAGUCUUUAUUCAAUCAGAUGACACUACAGUUUUGUCCAAAUUCAAGGAGGUUCCUACAUACAAACGAGUGUUGAGUAUCACAGAACUAAUAGGUGAUGCACCCAAGCAAUCUGUAGAUGAGAUCAAGAAGUAUGUUGAUGCAGUCAAUGUUCCAAGAGGGACCCUCCUCAUGACUACAGAUGAUGGUUUUACAAAAUACACCACAAAUGUUCUUAAGGAAAUGCAAGCUGCAAACAUAUCUGUAUUCGUCUCUGUAAUAGUGAACGAAUUCCCCACACUCGCGUUCGAUUACUUUGCAGACCCCAUAAUGGAGCUUGCCUCCUUCAUCCAAGGAAUAGGUGUCAACGGCGUCGUAACAGAAUUUCCAGCCACCGCAAGCAGAUACUUGAGAAGUCCAUGUUCUGACCCAUCUGCAAAGACAGCCUUCUUGCUGAUGCCGGUUGGUGGAUUGCUUUCGGGAUUGGAUGCAGGAAUGCUAGCACCUGCCGUUGCCCCUGCUCCACCCCUUGAAGUAGCAGAUAUUGUUGACCCACCAUUGCCGUCAGUGACCAAUACCUCAGCACCGGUUGGUCCUGGAGGUAAUGGUACUGCUGCACCUGGACCUAGUUCAAGUGGUAUAGCAAUCAAUGCUAAUGUGGGUCUUUCUCUGCUCGCCGUUGCAAUGCUUAGCUUCUUCUCCAUUGGAUAUUAGCUUGGUCACCAUGUCAUGGAUCUAUAACACCACAUUUGUUUGACAUACAGUUUUACAUUAAGCCAAUAGCAC